UACACGGCUGUAUUGACAUGGUUAUUAAUGUUCCUGUCUUUCAGAUUGAGAAGGGGAAGUUACACGGCUGUAUUGACAUGGUUAUUAAUGUUCCUGUCUUUCAGAUUGAGAAGGGGAAGUUACACGGCUGUAUUGACAUGGUUAUUAAUGUUCCUGUCUUUCAGAUUGAGAAGGGGAAGUUACACGGCUGUAUUGACAUGGUUAUUAAUGUUCCUGUCUUUCAGAUUGAGAAGGGGAAGUUACACGGCUGUAUUGACAUGGUUAUUAAUGUUCCUGUCUUUCAGAUUGAGAAGGGGAAGUUACACGGCUGUAUUGACAUGGUUAUUAAUGUUCCUGUCUUUCAGAUUGAGAAGGGGAAGUUACACGGCUGUAUUGACAUGGUUAUUAAUGUUCCUGUCUUUCAGAUUGAGAAGGGGAAGUUACACGGCUGUAUUGACAUGGUUAUUAAUGUUCCUGUCUUUCAGAUUGAGAAGGGGAAGUUACACGGCUGUAUUGACAUGGUUAUUAAUGUUCCUGUCUUUCAGAUUGAGAAGGGGAAGUUACACGGCUGUAUUGACAUGGUUAUUAAUGUUCCUGUCUUUCAGAUUGAGAAGGGGAAGUUACACGGCUGUAUUGACAUGGUUAUUAAUGUUCCUGUCUUUCAGAUUGAGAAGGGGAAGUUACACGGCUGUAUUGACAUGGUUAUUAAUGUUCCUGUCUUUCAGAUUGAGAAGGGGAAGUUACACGGCUGUAUUGACAUGGUUAUUAAUGUUCCUGUCUUUCAGAUUGAGAAGGGGAAGUUACACGGCUGUAUUGACAUGGUUAUUAAUGUUCCUGUCUUUCAGAUUGAGAAGGGGAAGUUACACGGCUGUAUUGACAUGGUUAUUAAUGUUCCUGUCUUUCAGAUUGAGAAGGGGAAGUUACACGGCUGUAUUGACAUGGUUAUUAAUGUUCCUGUCUUUCAGAUUGAGAAGGGGAAGUUACACGGCUGUAUUGACAUGGUUAUUAAUGUUCCUGUCUUUCAGAUUGAGAAGGGGAAGUUACACGGCUGUAUUGACAUGGUUAUUAAUGUUCCUGUCUUUCAGAUUGAGAAGGGGAAGUUACACGGCUGUAUUGACGUGGGUCUCUCUGUCAUGGCCAUUAAGAAGUCAGCCCAGUGCAUUGAUCUGGAUGCAGAGGAAAACAUCUAUCACCUGAAGAUCAAGUCUCAGGAGCUGUUUGAUGAAUGGGUGUCUAAGCUACGCCACCAUCGGCUGUACCGUCAGAAUGAGAUAGCCAUGUACCCCCAGGAGAAGGCUUACUACUACCCCCGCUUCCCCCCUCCCGGGUCCCCCGGUGUGGCUGAUAGAACGCGGCCUGUGUCUCUAGCCAGACAGGCGUCGGUCCAUGCUGCAGGUAGCUUCCCAGUGACCUGUACCAGCCAAUCCAAGGUGGCCGCCUGGCUGCAGUCCUCAGACGACAUGAACAAGUGUUCUGAAGACAUGUCAGUAUGUGAGUCCUACUUGUUGGAACUGAACCAUCUGCUACAGAGUAUGGAGGUCAUCCACCGCACCUACUCAGCUCCAGCCAUCAACGCACUACUGCAGGCUUCUACAUUUGACACCCCCAAAAAGGAAAAAAGGCCCCCAAGGAAAUGGCGUGGUUCUAAAAACUACGGCAAAGAUGUGAAAACAACACUGCAGGUUCCCAGUUGCAUCUCAUCUGGCUCCGUCCGUCUCCACGCCUCCAACCCCAACCUCUCUACUGCAGCCCUGGGGACUGCGAAGGCCUACCCUGAACCUCCCUAUAUGGACUCUCCUAUAGACGUAGCCAAACUACAGGAGGACUUCUGCCGCGUCGCUAACAACCUGCAUGCCACCAUGAAGUCAGCCCUGAGCGCUCUCACCUCUGAGAAGGAGAAGUUAAAACAGGUGCUGGACCACCAAGACACAUGCCCCCCUACCUCCCCAGGGAUUAUGGGUCUGAAGAACGCUCUGUCCUCGGCUAUAGCCCAGAACUCUGAACUGAGAGAGCGUCUGAGCAACAUUCACGCUGAGUCCCGCUGCGUCCCAGAAUCCUCCACUGGGCUCAUAAACCUCUCUGGUCCCCUACAGAAGCAAGACUCCACCGAUGGAUCCCACCCCCUAGUUCACCAGGCGUCCAAUGAGAGCAGAGCGUCCAUCACAGAGUCUCUGUCAGAGUUCUUCGAUGCUCAGGAGGUUCUACUGUCUGCCAGCUCCUCAGAAAAUGAGGCCUCUGAUGAUGACUCAUACAUCAGUGACAACGUCAGCGACAACAUCUCCAUGGACAACUUCAGCAACGAGACGGAGAGACCUAACUCGGGCUGUGAAGAGAACGGGACCCUUCUGAGAAGACGCAGGUCGUGCCUGCCGUCGGCCAGCCCUAACACCAGUAACAUCAGUCUAUGGAACAUCCUUAAGAACAACAUAGGGAAAGACCUCUCCAAGGUGGCUAUGCCUGUUCAGCUGAACGAGCCCCUCAACACCCUGCAGAGACUGUGUGAGGAGCUGGAGUACAGCGAGCUGCUGGACAGAGCUGCUAACACACAGGACCCCUUUGAACGCAUGGUGUACGUAGCCACGUUUGCAGUGUCGGGGUACGCGUCCAGCUACCACCGAGCGGGAGGAAAGCCCUUCAACCCGGUCCUGGGGGAGACCUACGAGUGUGACCGCCCCGACAAGGGCCUCCGAUUUAUAGCAGAACAGGUCAGCCAUCACCCACCUAUAUCAGCAUGCCACGCUGACUCUAAAAACUACAUAUUCUGGCAAGACAUGAGGUGGAAAAACAAGUUCUGGGGGAAGUCUAUGGAAAUAGUUCCUGUGGGCACCACCCAUGUGAUUCUGCCAGGGUUUGGAGACCACUAUGAGUGGAACAAGGUAACGUCCUGUAUCCACAACAUCCUGAGUGGGCAGCGCUGGAUAGAACACUACGGAGAGAUCUCCAUCAGGAACACCAGCACUGAUAUCUGCCAGUGUAAGGUCACCUUCAUCAAGGCAAAGUACUGGAACUCGAGUGUUAACGAGGUGGAGGGCACCAUCACAGACCACAAGGGGAAGGUCAUCCACAGACUGUUUGGGAAGUGGAACGAGGGGGUGUACUGUGGAGACCCACCCUCUGCCACCUGCAUCUGGAGAGCCAAUGCCAUGCCGGCUGACCACGAGCAGUACUACGGCUUCACUAAGUUUGCUAUGGAGCUCAAUGAGCUGGACCCUUCACUGAAACUGCUGCUGCCUCCCACAGACACCCGGCUACGGCUCGACCAGAGGCUGCUAGAGGAGGGCAACGUAGAGGCAGCAGAGGAACAGAAACAGAAGAUAGAACAGCAGCAGAGAGACAGACGCAGAGUCCUGGAGGAAAACACCAUGACACAUCAACCCACAUUCUUCAGGAAAUCAAAGGAUGACACCUGGGUUAGCAACAACACUUACUGGGACCUGAGGAGCGAUCCAGGCUUUGCCCACCUGGACUGUCCUGUGUUGUGGUGACCUGAGGAGGGAACCAGGCUAUCACCACCUGGACUGUCCUGUGUUGUGGUGACCUGAGGAGGGAACCAGACUAUCACCACCUGGACUGUCCUGUGUUGUGGUGACCUGAGGAGGGAACCAGACUAUCACCACCUGGACUGUCCUGUGUUGUGGUGACCUGAGGAGGGAACCAGACUAUCACCACCUGGACUGUCCUGUGUUGUGGUGACCUGAGGAGGGAACCAGACUAUCACCACCUGGACUGUCCUGUGUUGUGGUGACCUGAGGAGGGGACCAGACUAUCACUACCUGGACUGUCCUGUGUUGUGGUGACCUGAGGAGGGGACCAGACUAUCACCACCUGGACUGUCCUGUGUUGUGGUGACCUGAGGAGGGGACCAGACUAUCACCACCUGGACUGUCCUGUGUUGUGGUGACCUGAGGAGGGGACCAGACUAUCACCACCUGGACUGUCCUGUGUUGUGGUGACCUGAGGAGGGAACCAGACUAUCACCACCUGGACUGUCCUGUGUUGUGGUGACCUGAGGAGGGGACCAGGCUAUCACCACCUGGACUGUCCUGUGUUGUGGUGACCUGAGGAGGGGACCAGACUAUCACCACCUGGACUGUCCUGUGUUGUGGUGACCUGAGGAGGGGACCAGACUAUCACCACCUGGACUGUCCUGUGUUGUGGUGACCUGAGGAGGGGAACCAGACUAUCACCACCUGGACUGUCCUGUGUUGUGGUGACCUGAGGAGGGGACCAGACUAUCACCACCUGGACUGUCCUGUGUUGUGGUGACCUGAGGAGGGGACCAGACUAUCACCACCUGGACUGUCCUGUGUUGUGGUGACCUGAGGA